CCCUACAUCUGUUUCCCCAUAUACAGGGCGAGAACAUAGACUACUUGUCUCUUCAAUCGGACAAACCAAAAAAGCGGCCCCCCCUGGUUCCUGUUUUGGCUCCCCGGAGAACCCCAUUUUAUCUCGAUCCUCACAACCUUUUUUCUCCAACAUCUCGGUCACGACCUUCACCUCCAACCACCACCGCGGUCCUUUCUUCUCCACUCUUUCUUUACUUGCGCCAGCUGCGCCUUGGGCUAGCGGAGCUCCAUGGCGGCUACAGAGAAUGUUGAGGAGUUAGAAUUCGAUUAUGAAGCGCUCCCUUCAAACUACGGCCUCGGCCGCAACAUGCUCGCGGGUGCUUUUGCAGGAAUUGCGGAGCACUCUGUGAUGUAUCCGGUAGACUUGCUCAAGACCCGCAUGCAAAUCCUGCACCCUUCGACUGGUGGUCUGUACACGGGAUUGACCAACGCGGUUUCAACCAUUUAUCGGAUUGAGGGCUGGCGGACACUAUGGAAGGGUGUUUCCAGUGUGAUUGUGGGCGCGGGUCCGGCACACGCGGUGUACUUUGGAACAUAUGAGAUUGUGAAGGAGAUGGCUGGUGGUAAUGUGGACGACGGACAUCACCCUCUCGCUGCUGCUCUGAGUGGUGCGUCCGCCACUAUUGCCAGCGAUGCGCUGAUGAACCCAUUCGAUGUGAUCAAGCAACGAAUGCAAGUCCACGGAUCCGUUCACAAGAGCCUGCUGCAAUGCGCCAAAACCCUCUACCGCACUGAGGGUCUCCAGGCCUUCUACCUCUCUUACCCUACCACCCUCUGCAUGACUGUUCCCUUCACUGCCACACAAUUUGUCGCCUACGAGUCCCUCUCCAAGUUCAUGAACCCCAAGCAGGAAUAUGACCCGCUCACCCACUGCAUGGCCGGUGGUCUUGCUGGUGCCUUUGCUGCGGGUAUCACUACUCCUCUCGAUGUCGUGAAGACACUUCUCCAGACCCGUGGUCUCGCUGAGAACGAGGAGAUCCGCUCUGCCAAGGGUCUCUUCAAUGCCGCCUCCAUUAUCAAGCGGCAAUUUGGCUGGGCUGGUUUCCUCCGUGGUAUGCGUCCCCGGAUUAUUUCCACCAUGCCCAGCACGGCUAUUUGCUGGACUUCUUAUGAGAUGGCCAAGGCCUAUUUCAAGAACCUUGAGUAAACAAGUCCACGACUUGACUCGAUAGCCCUCCUUCCAUUUGUUCCAUAUCCUGUAUUGUGUGACCCCGACACAAUGCUUCUACGAUUUAUUUUCUCCAAUCUGGGUCUUUGAUGGUUACGGGCAGAGCCCGACCUUAUAAUGGUGUAUCUUAGGCACACAAAAAAACAAAAAAGAGCCUGGGACAUGCAAGCUUCUAUUCACAUACCAAAAGCGAAGGCAAUGUACAGAUAAGGUAGGAGGGGAUUUAUUUGAAGUACUCAUCCGGUCUGGAGAUUGGAUCUUUUUCUCUUCUUGACCUCAAAUCUGGCGUUGGUGAUUUUGAUUUGGGGAAUCUUGCAUCUAUAACUGUUUUAUUCUAUUUUAUUUUGCAUGUACCGAUAGACGUGCCACCAGGAAUCUAGAUGUGAUAUCUGA